UGCAAUCUCGUAGGACUAGGAGGCCAUUAAUCGAUACUCUUCUCUCGCAGUAAAAUCACCAAAUCGAAAUCACAAGAAAAUGAGAAAAGAAGACACAGUGAAGCUAAUCAGCUCCGAGGGCUUCGAGUUUGUCAUCGACAAGGAGGCUGCCAUGGUCUCCCAAACCAUACGUAACAUGCUCACCUCUCCAGGGAGUUUCGCGGAGACGCAGCACGGCGAAGUUAGGUUCCCCGAGAUAAGCACCACCAUUCUUGAGAAGAUCUGCAAGUAUUUCUAUUGGUCUCUUCAAUAUGCCAGUGGAAAGGAGACGGACUUCCACAUUGAACCUGAAAUCAGCCUGGAGCUGAUGAUGGCUGCUAAUUAUCUCCAUACUUAAACCAAAAAAAAUUAUGCUUCUUGGGUGUCUGACAAAGGUUUCAUAACGAUGUUCUUGUCGCCCGAGAAAAAUAAGAACUUGCUAUGCAGCUGGAUUUUACUGUUAUCCUGUAAAGCGGUGGUUGUUUUAAUCCUUGUUUGGACUUGUUAACCAAGCAAAAUGAAGUGCAUCUACCAAAUGAUGUAAAUUUAGUGUUGUAGGCUAAUGAAUUUACUUAAUGUACUGGAGCAUCGUUACAGUAUUAGUCUGCUAAUUUGAAUUUUUUAUGAAUGUUGUAUGAUUUCUGUAUGUCUGGAUUGUAAUUGGUAACUGGUGAUAGUUGAUGUGGAUAUGUACUUUACGGUUCAUUUGGGGGAGAUCAAUCAAAGACUUGGCAAGACAUCAGUGCGUAGCACA